GCAAGUAUGAAAACGUUGAUAAAAGACACAAGCGUUCCCACAUCAAGCAUGGUUAGCCUUCAUUGUUUGUUUACGUGUCGCGUUUUUCAUUUAAAAAAAUACAAGUUGGCCAAGUUAGGCUCUUGCGUUCGUACGAGGAACAACAUAUUGCUGAUAAAGUGUUGUUUGGACAAAAGAACAAAAUGUUUUCAUCGCUCUAUGUUCCGAAGGAACCUAUUGGCAAGUAUAUGCCAUUUCUUGCUCUGUUUCAGUUAUAUGUGAUAUUUGGAGAACCUUACUUAGGUCUCACUUACUUUCAAUGGAUACGUGACCUUUUAGGUCCUAAAAUUAUGAUACUUACUGUGCAGAUUCUUGUGUACGCUCACAGUAUUGAAGCAUACAUUGCACUUAUGUACAGCACUUCACGUAAAUUGCCAUUCAGCAUCACUUUCGUUGGUUUCUAUCAACACUGAUGUUUGGCGGACCCACACUGUUUAUGCAUUUCAAAGAAACAUCCCGAUAGUGUUCAGACUCAUGAGAGUAAACAGAACAAGCCUGCGCAUGUGUCGUCCUUUGUAGCUUUAUUCCAAUGAAAGUUUGGUAAUAUGACAGACUAUGAAUGAAACUAUAGUCAAAAAGAAAAACCAGAAAUGUGUCGCGACUGACGGUCUUGACAACCGUAUAAUGUACGGGAAUAAGAACUUGGAUAUUAAUUUUGUGCAACAGAUCUAUGGGUAGUUGACUGUUAGCUAGAUGGAUGUGAAAGGAUCGAAGAGAUGAUUGUUUAUAAGCAAAUAAGGACAAGAUUAUUUGGUAUGAAAUAAAGGGUUCUUCAUUUACUGCUUUUUUAUAUUGUAGCCAAUUUGGGUUCUUUCUCUUCAGUUGAAGUAGAUAAUCAUUCGCUUUUAUUAGAGUUUUAGUCGACUAUACUAGUUCUUAAAGAAUAAAUUACUAGAAAGAGAAAAAUGAAUACGACAAAAUUGCAGUGCAC